CCACACCUCCGUCUCCAAUUCCGAAACCCUCUCUCUCUCUCUCUCGCCCCACAGGCGUCACUGUGUUUAUAUGCAACACCUAUACACACACAGCGAACGGAUAUAGAUACGGAUAUCGUUCUCACACAUCGGAACCCUAGUAUACCUCUCUCAUUUUGAUUUUUUUGUUGUUGUCAAUUUGGAACCCUAAUUCUCUCUGAGCCUUAGCUUUUCGGAAUCGCAUUUUUGGAAGCUGUGAAUAAAGGAAGUUGAAUAUCGAUAGAAGGAGUCCUUGGAAUCAUCGGCCAUUGCUGUAUCCAAGCUCCGGGUUUGGAUCAAUUUCGAAAAAAUUUCUGUGUUUCACCAGGGCUUUUGACAAUUCGUGGGAUUGGAAAUGGUUGGAGGCGGGAAUAGAAGGGAUGAGUCGUCUUUUACUGUGAGCAACACCAAUGUUUUUGCGGCUCUGGAUACUUUGAGGAAGAAGAAGAAGUCUGACAAAGAAAAGGGGUCCUCUAAGGGGGGCAAGGGCACGUCGAAAGCUGCGGGGGGACAAAAUACUGUGGCAGAGAAGCAGGUGUUCUGGGCGCCGGCACCUUUGACAGUGAAGUCUUGGGCAGAUGUUGACGAUGAGGAUGAUGAUGACUACUAUGCCACUACUGCUCCUCCCCAGGCGAUGUGGGGUGGUUCAGCUCUGAAUGCACCUGAAGAGACUCAUAAACCUGAUGUUGUGGAGGAAAGUGAAAGUGAGGAUGAACUUCUUGAUGAAGGUGAUGAUGAUAUGGAAGAUGGGCAUGGCCAGGAACCAGAGGUUGAAGAACAGCCUGAGCCAGUGGCUGUGCAGCCGGCAGAAGCUUCAUCAGCACCUAAAGAGACAGAAAGACAGCUUUCCAAGAAGGAGAGAAGGAAAAAGGAGCUUGCUGAGCUCGAGGCAAUUUUAGCUGAUUUUGGUGUGAACCCCACAGAGAAAGCUGAAGAUGAGGCAUCAUCUGAUAUUGCGAAAGAGCAGAAGGAUGGACAAUCAAAUGGGACUGCUGAUAAGAAGGAUAACCCCCCUGCUGAGUCGAAAAGUGCAAAGAAGAAGAAAAAGAAGGAAAAGGCUUCCAAAGAGGGCAAGGAUCCUCAGGAUCAGUCCAACAGCUCGGAUGUUCCUAAUGGACAAGAGGAGACUGCUGGAACUGAACAAGUGGAAGAAGACGCCUCGGCCGUAGACGUGAAAGAGAGGCUCAAGAGGUUGGCGUCUUCCAAGAAAAAGAAAUCAAAUAAAGAGGUGGACUCUGCUGCAAGAGCUGCUGCUGUUGAAGCUGCCGCUAGGAGUAAAAGACUUGCUGCUGCCAAGAAGAAAGAGAAGAACCAUUACAACCAGCAACCAAUCCGGUAAGAUAUAUAGAUUAUUGAAUCUACAUAGAGAUGGAGAUGUGAUUUUAUUGCUCGCGAAUAAACUUGGAGCUCCUCCACCCUGAGUCCUCUCGUUUCAUGAUCGAUGAACUUUGAUGACAUUUACAUGACCCCAGAUGAUGAUUUUGGUUAUUGAACUCGGUUUUUAUUUGACACUGUUUCCUUUUCCCAGAGCAGUUUGUAACAUUCUAGUACAUGUCAUGAAUCUACUUCUUUUGGAAAUCUGAUGGAUUUUUUGUGUUUCAUAAA